UGGGGAGUGGAGGUGGAUUUUCCACUCAUGGAAGGGGAGGAAAGGGCAGAGGGUGGGGGUUUCCUUGGGAAGCUCAGGGAUGAGUCACCAAGGGCCUGGGGAGUGGAGGGUGGUGAGGCUAUGGAGACCAGUCGUGCUGGGGGCCGUAGGGUGUUGAGCAACAGUGGAACACAGCCAGCACAAGAGGAGUCGGCUCAGACACGGGGAAGACACAGCCAGAGGCCCCCUGAGAAGCGUUCCCAAGCCUCUGAAGGCUUAUGUGUGAAGGAGACCUGGGGCCCAUGCCCUGUGCCUGAUGGAGGUAAGACGAGAUGACGCGGGAGGGACUCCGAUUAGACAACAGGAAGGAGUUGGCUUUGAGAAGCACCAGGUGUAAGAUCCAGAUUAGCCUGUGGAUUUCAGGAAGCAUCGGCAGACAGAGCAGCGAGCUGGUCUCAAGAGGUGCGUGCUUUCCAUCCUGCGUGGACAGGGUGGUUGGACUGGAGGCCUGCAGGGCCCUGGCCUGCCCUUAAAUUCUUAGCACUCGCAGCUGGGGGUGGGGCUCGGCGUCUGGAGCCGGUGGGGGGGUAGUCAGGGUGGACUCCAGCCUCCUCCCAGCCCCUUCCAGCGUCCCUUGCGUCAACCCAGAGGGAGGAGAAGAAGAUCCCUUACUGGCCAUAUUGGUGUCUCCGGCAUCUGCUUCUCGACAGGGUCCCUUUGUCGUGGGACAGGUGUCGGCCUGAGCCGGAGCUCAGGAUCUACGAAACAGCAUAGCCCUUAGGUGGUUCAGGAAGGAGGCCAAGAGAAAUAUCAGGAUGUGGGCCCCGUGCUCAGCGAUUGGAGAGGGAGACCCGCACUCAGGGCUCAGAGGGACACGUGAAGGCCAAGAAGCACGGACCCGGACGUUAGAGGUGGCCGUGGCCCCAAGUGCUGGCAGGCACAGCCUCCUAAGUGAGGAGUCUGUUGUUUGCAGUAAGCAAAGGAAGGACUGGACGAGCUGCAAGGAACUUGUGAGGUGUUAUCACAGGGCUCCAGGGGGAGACACCACCGUUUCUUGGACCAUCUGCUUUAUCUGAAGACUUCCAGCUGAUAAGCGGGGGAAGCUCAAACACUGUCUUGUCUGAGUCGGGGACUUGAAGUGCACAUUCUUUCCGGGCAGGUGUCCCGGGGGGCAGGAUGGCCCAGGAGCUCAGCGAGAAGGACCUGUUGAAGAUGAACGUUGAACAGCUCAAGAAGGAAGUGAAGAACACAAGAGUUCCGAUUUCCAAGACGGGAAAGGAAAUCAAGGAUUUUGUGGAGGCUGAAGCAGGAAAUGACCCUCUUCUCAAAGGCGUCCCCGAGGACAAGAAUCCCUUCAAGGAGAAAGGGGGUUGUGUGAUAAGCUGACGGCCCUGGGGCCCCCUUGCCCUGAACAUCAGUCCCUCCUCAGCCCCACUCUCCACCAGGACACGAGUGUCCCCGGACGCCCAGGGAGCCAGGCAGUUUUCACCAUCUCUGGGCCACAGCAUGAGUAAAGACACCUGGCCGUGCACUUGGGGGUCCGUUCCCCAACCCCUUCGACUCUCCCCUCCUCCACCUGCUGGGUCACUGCUGGUCCCGCCUGGAGACCCUCUGAGGAGAGCCUCCUUGGCUCAGCAGCUGGCACCUUGUGCGGUGGGGGUCUGAAGAGCGUGCGACACCCUGAGACCCGAGACGGGAAUCCUUAGAGACAUUUACUCCUCCACAGGGCCGUCCUGUCUUCCCCUCCACUGUCUUCCACAAACCGGCAUUCCUAUUCAGAGUAGUUUGGGUUGAGGGCCGGAGUAGGGGGUGGGGGGGGGGUCCUUCUUCUCUUUCGUGUGUCCGAUCCCUUGGUCCUCCCCCUAGUCACUUUAGAUCGCCCCAGAAGGGCUUGAGGACAAAAAGAGCUUGGCAACUCAUGAUGUCAUGAUUUCUUUCAUAUUCCUU